AUGGCAGAAGAGCAGAGAAGACAUAUUGAGAAGCUCAUGGGUAGACAAGGACUGCUGCUGUCCUACGCUCGACAUUCUCGCGAUCCGGGAAUGACUGCUCCAGAGGUCUGCAAAGCAUUUAUUGUAGGUACCUGUCCACAUGAUCUUUUUGUUGGAACUAAAUCGGAUCUUGGACCUUGUCCCAAUCUACACAUGCCGAAAUAUAAAUUGGAAUAUGAAUACAAAACCAAAAAGCUUGGACGAACUUAUCCAGAGAUUGAACACGAAUAUUACCAAGUACUCCAAUCAUAUGUCCGCGACCUUGAUCGAACUAUUUCAGUGGCACAAAAGAGAUUGGAGCAUACUCCCGAGGAAAGAGAGAAAAUUUCGAAAGUUACUGCGGACUUGGAUAAUUUGGAUGCUGAGAUUGGGCUUAUGAUUCAGGAAUUGAACUAUUUGAUCAAACUCAGCACGCGAGGGAAGUACAUGGAAAAUGCCGAAAAUGAGGACGACAGUAACAAGGGUGAAGAAAAUGGUGAGAAUGGUGGUGAUAAGGCUGUUUCUGGGAGCGAAAUUGCCGAUGCUAGUAGGCUAGUUAAAGAUCUUGGACACAAUGAUCAAACGUUGAAGAUCAUCGACCUAUCUAUAAAGCUAGAUGCCAAAUGCCAGGAAAGAGAUGAGGCAAGUAAACGAGCAAGAAAUAUCAUUGAUAAUGUUGGCCAGACUUCGCAGCAGAAAUUACAGGUUUGUGAUGGGUGUGGAGCAUAUCUAUCUAGAUUGGAUAACGAUCGAAGGCUUGCAGACCAUUUUGUUGGGAAAAUUCAUUUGGGGUUCGUUCAAUUAAGAAUGGCGUAUGAAGAAUUACGGCCGAAAUAUAGGAGAGCCUGA